AUGGGUUUGUCAGGAAGGUCAUUGUUUGGUUUCUCCCCGACUGGUCGAGUGGUGGCAUUUGAAGAGUCACUGGCACUUCCCCCGCCAUCUGUGCUAUUGGUGGUGAGAAAAUCAUGGGAUGUGCCCCUAUCGUCUGGUUUGGUGGUGGUGUUGUUUGGAAAACCACCGGUUGAGCAACUGUCGUCUUGUUUAACGGUGGUGGUGUCUGGAAAACUGUCGGUUGCGCAGCUGCCAUAUGGUUUAGCGGUAGUGGUGUCUGGAAAACCACCGGCUGUACAGCUAUCAUCUGGCUUAGUGGUGGUGGUGUCUGGAAAACCACCGACUACGCAGUUGUCGUCUGGCUUAGCGGUGGUGGUGACUGGAAAACCACCGGCUGCGCAGCUGUCGCCUGAUGUGUUGACGAUUCUUAGAGAAGCGCUAGUGUGA